GUGUCAAAAUAUUUGGGAGAUUGGUGAAUUGUAAGCCAAGAAAAGGAAAUAUUUCGCCUAAUUCCGCUGCGAUUUUCCGCCCAGAACCACUCACUGCAGUUCAAGGCACACCUGGACAGUCAAAUAAGUGCAACCGGAGAAUCCGUGUGGACAGUGCUGAGGUGGAAAAUGCCAAUUGAUUUUACUGCCUGACAGUGGACGAUACAUCUCUAUUUUUGGUGAAAAAGAUCGAGUCAUGGAUGGGGACUCAAACCUGAAAAGGUGCUCAAGUGCCCCCCUCAUUAAUAACAUCACAGCCGGAAUACAAACUAUGACAUCCACCCAAGCCACCAGCGCGUCUUCCAGGGACAUUUCACCAUCGCCGGCCAUCAACAUCUUCGCCCGGACGCGCCGCUAUUCGGCCAGCUACAGCCCCCUAGCCGGCAGUGCCAUGAGCCCCGGCGGGGGGCCGCGACUCACCCCGCGAGUUUCCCAGCUACGCCAGGAGGAGUGCGUAGACAUGAACAGCCGCGAAGUGAACCACGAGCGCGAGGUUCACUGCGCCAUGCAGAUGUCCCAGAGCUGCGAGGACCUCCGCAUAGUCACGGAGGGGUGGUCCUUCAAGAGCAGAGACAGCGACGAUCUGACGAAUCCACUCCACGUGAACCUGCCCACCGGAGGCCUCCUCAGUUGCUCCAGCCCGUCGCCCACGAGCCGCGGCAACGCGCUGCGCUACCAGGUGAUGUCACCCAGUCCCACCCGCAAGACCUUCGCCACGCGACGCUCCAUGUCGCCCAACGCCAUGCGACCCAGCACCCUGUGCCCCGUGAAGCGCAAGUUCGACCUGGACGACAACAGCUCCACGUGCUCCCCGCCGCCGUACAAGAAGAUGUUCCUCGAGAGCCGCGGCUCGUCGCCCGUGUGCCAGACCCCGUCGCCCCUCUGCCCCAGCCCCGAUUCGGGCACCUACGAGGGGCGCAUCACACCAAAGUUCUUCGUCUCGAAGUUGUGCGCCUCCUCCGUGUCAUCACCAUCAUCGGCCGCCCACUCGCCGGCCACCAACAGCAACUCAGGCGCCAGCGUGGCGUCCAGCUCCAGCGGAGUCACCGUGGACGAAACGAUGACCCUCAUUGCCGACAAGGACUUCGAUCCGGGGACCACAAAGCAGGACAUCACAGAUGAAGAGUGCGCCUCCAUCACCGGCAUGUCCGCCAAUCUCGAUCGCGUCGCAGAGCGUCUCGAGGAGCUCAAGGAGGAGCGCAUCCCAGCCCCAAGCGCCUCCCAAGCAAUAUGA